GAAGUAAGGUAAUUUAAUGUGUACACACAUUUAUAUGCAGACGGCUUUGCACACAUUCCCACAUACACGCACACAUACACAAUCACACAUGCACACACAUACAAAAAAAACUCAACCAACAACCAGAAGUAUAGAUGGCUUUCGCAUAAAACACUUUUUAAAAUUAGCUCAGCGUCAUCACACAAGUGAAAACGGAAUAGACGACCGAAAAUUGCCUAAAGGUCCCCGCUCAAUCAAGAUAAAAAAAAAGUGAUUAAAAAAUCGAAAUAUUGUUUGCAAUUUGCCAAAAGUGUGGAAAAACGAACGCAAUAGUUGUGACCGAAAUUUGAGCAACAAUUUUUUCCUUCUUCGUCAAUUUUGACGAUAGUGUAGUGUGUAGACACAGUAAAUGAAACGUAAAUCGAUUUCUUUGUGUGUUUUUUGGCUCCUUUUUUUGCGUGCGAUUUGACAAUUCCUUCGAAAUUUUUUAUUGAAAUUUUUGAAAAACGAAAUCUCACCACCAUUUUGCAUUUAAUUGUAAUCAAAUCGAUUGUUACGCCAAUUUCUUUUGGCCGUGUGAUUGCCGCUUUUUUUUCUCUCCUGCUACGAUCGCUACCAAACCACCAUUUAAAUGUUUAUCAAUGUGAAAUUCAGUGUUUUGUGGGAGAACAAUACGUGAACGGUAUUGAGAGUGAGUGAGAGUGAGAGAUAGAGAGCGCACUGUAUCGUGCACAUCGUGUAAAGAGUAGUGUGAGGAAGAGUGCGAGACUUGGCUGGGCCUAAAUUGAUAAAUAAUAAAAAAAAAACACUGAAAUAAAAUAACAAGAAAAUAAUCGAAUCUUUUAUGCAACAUCAACAUCAAAUCACCCGGUUGGUGUUCGGAAUUUAUGACAAAAAAUGAACUCGCCAGACGCUGGCGGAGGAGUAAAUAACACGUCUGCUGCUAUAGGCAGUACAAGUGGUGAAAAACCCAAUCCGAUUAUUAAACAAAACGCAUUUCCAAUGGAUUUAGCACCGAAAAUUGCACUAGUCAAGCCCACAGACGGCAAAGGUGCCACCGUUCAAACGCAGUUUCGAACGCUAACGCCGCAACCAAUGCGCGUUGUUGUGUCAACGGGAACAGCAAGUGCCCAAAUUAUUCAAACACAAAUAAUGCCACAAGCAAUGCUCAAACAAGUUGAUGCUUUAGGCAGAACACAAAUAACGGCAUUGCCAUCAAGAACCAUGGCACAAACAUCAAUUACUGUAACAAGACCGUUAACACCAAAUACAUUUAUGCCAAGAGGCGUCACAUCAAAUAUUGCAGGUUCACGUGGAACGAUCCGAGCUCAAACACCACCAUCGGUGGCCAAUAUAUCGACAAGCUUUGUUCGCGGUGCAAUUCCACCACGCACACCAUCACCGGCUGGCACCGUCAUCCCGACCGCAACCACCUGGAUGACCGGCAGCCAACCCGUUCAACUGAUCCGAGCCAAUAUCGGACAAGCACCUCGCGGCGCAAAAUUUACGGCUGUUUCCAGUGCGAAUACGGGUAUUACAACCAUAUCGGCAAAUAUUGUGUCAUCACAGAGUGGCGCUGGCACAAAUACCAUUCAAAAUGUAUCACAACAGCAAUCAAAUCAAAAUGUUUCCAGUGCAACGGGAUCGGGUCAAUCUCAAACGUUCGUUGCUACACUUGCCACAGUUUUGCCACCACGUCAUCAGACUGCAACGCUCGUCUAUAGCAAUCCACAGCAAUUGAGCACCAAUGUAACGGGACCACGUUUGGCGGUAGCCAGCCCGAUCGCAACGCAACGACAAGUUCGUCCAAUCCAAAUCAGCAGCGCACGAUUACCAACGGCCGGUUUGAGUCGCGUCUCAACCGCAACCGGAUCUAUAAGCAUCCGUGGGCCAGUGUUAACGCCAUCUAGUGUAUUAACCACUCUUCCAUCCGGCACAAAUACGACUGUGUCCGGUUCGAAUUUAACUGUAGCUAAUUUACCAGCCGCUCGUAUCAUUCAAGUGCAACAACCGAAUCCAAGUGGCCAAGUACUGGGCACCGGCCGUAUUACUGCAAUGACAUUGCAUCCGCUCGUUGUGAAUGCAUCAAAUGUGUCCACAGCUAAUACGGUGCGUGGUGUGAGUGCAUCAACGGCCAAGCCCUCGUUAACUAUUACUCACGUUGGGAAGAAUCCUCAGAAUAGCGUUCAAUUAGCGACGGCAAGUCUGCCGCAAGGAGCAACAAUCACCGGUUCAAUUCCAUCGUCAACUUCGGUUGUUCAACAUCAAUCACAAGCGUCACAGCAUUCAGGUGGCAACUCCUCGGCUCCGAUUGGUAUUGUGAUGGGAUCGAACAAUAGUCAAUCGGUGCCUGCAUCACAGAUAGCCCAGAUCGUGAAUUUAAAUCAAUCGGGAAUUAAUGUCGGCCAUGGCCAUCAAAUUCAAAUAAUUGGAUCUCAGGGAACGCAACAAACUUCAACGGUUGUGCCAUUGACUAUAACCUCCCGUGCGACGCACACAUCGCUUAGUGGCACUUCGGUGACCACAUUACCAGCAUCAGUUGCCACAAAUCUAUCGCAAAUUGUACGCGGUAACGUGAACAUUGUUACAACGGCCAAUACAAAUAACAAUACAACCACCGUAUUACCAAUUGCCAAAGUACUGCCACAACAACAGAGCAUUACGAGCGAUCCGCCGCCAAUUGUAUCGGUCGGAACAUCACAAAAUGUUGUGAAUGUUGUUAAUGCCGUGAGUAGCAAUCGAGUCACACCAGGCGGUCCGAUAUCAGUGAGUUCAACGGCUGUUUUGCAAUCCAUAACGACGCAUUCACCGUCGAUAACAACAAAUGUGUCAUCAAGUAAUACAGCCAUAACAGCAUCAUAUGCACCACAAGCUGGUUCAUUUGCAGUUGUUCCAUCAUCCAAUCGAAGUGUUGUGAACAGUUCGACAGGUGGAUUGGUUACGUCGACCGUUGUUCAGCAGAGUGGAUCUCAGCCGAUGCCAGUUCGAUUCAAUCCGCAGCUCAUUGUUGAUGGCAAUAAAGAAUCCACCUCAUACGAUGGCCUAUUACAAAAGCAGCUUGGCGGCCAUCAACAAAUAUCCUACAUUUCAAUGCCAACAAACCAAACGUUGACAAAUCAACAAAAAACCGCGCACAUAAUCCCAGUAUCUGGGGUCAAACCGAGUUCAGUUGUGGUGUCGGCUACAUCUUCACCGCGAGCCACGACCAUCGUUUCUGCCACACCACGAAAACGUGAACAUAUUGAUUUCCGUGCCGAAAUAGUGCAACAGUUGCAGGCAAGUCAGAGGAUACCAUCGCCAAUUUCACGACCCGGCUCAUCUGAUGGAUCGACAACAGUGAGCGCCACGUCGAGUCCGGGCAUUGAUCAACAAGAGCAAGAGGAAUUGAAUGCAUUAUAUCAGCAUCAUCAAAAUCAAUUGCAACACAAUGUUGCUCAAGCGUUGCCGCAGCAGCAACAACAACAACAUCAACAACAAGCAUCACAACACUCCUUACCGCAGACAGUACAUUCCGUAAAUAUGUCGAAUGGAAGUGAUGAUUUGACGCCACGGAAACGUCCACGAAAGCAGAUAUUCGACGAAUAUCCACAAGGAGGCAAAAAAUUCCAAAUCGAUUUGGAUACACACAUCCAAUCGGAACAACAAACCGCUACUGGAUCUUCGCUAAAUGAUCAAGGAGUGACCAUAACUUUUCAAAAUGCUACUCCAUCACAGGCGAACACAAGCGCAGCAACAGCAGCAGCAGCAGCAGCGGCAACUAAUUUAACGAAUCGAAAUGCUGUGAAGACCAAUAAUGAAAAUAGUCCACCAAAAUUCAUAGACUUCUAUAUUAAACGGCCAAAAGCAUGCAAUUUACUCGAUAGCUAUAAACAUUCAUGGAAAUCAACGCAUAAUCACUUCCAACGAUACUCAGAUGUGAAGCCACGUGAAGAACGAAAACCGACCGUUGUCGAUUUGGCCAAUCAGACUCACGUGGUGCAAAAAGUGAAUGGAUGGAAAAUCUACCAUUUGACAUCACAAAUGGAAGACCUGACGGAACUAGAGUCACAAGUAUAUGAUAAGCUAUCGUCAAUGCUUCAGUGUAUGGAAGCGCAUGAACAAAAUACAGAUGUAGAACGUGUUAAUGAACUAAUUAAGGGUAAUAUGCAACGCAGCAAAAUUGUAUCCGAUUCAAUUAACGAGGCUCGUGUGCAAAUCCUCAAGGUAUUCGAUCAUAAAAGUCAUGUAUCGGAUAUUAUUCAUCGAUGUGCAUCAAAGCGAAAUCUUAAAAAGCGUGAAAAAUCGUAAUUUCAUGCAAUCAACGGAAGAGAGUAUAAAAUAACGCAUCAGAAUUUAAACUAAAUGAAAAGUUUACUGUGAAUCGAGGCCGAAGUACUCGUUCAUUUAAUUUUUUAAAUUUUCGAUAACGAAAUGUUUAAAAAAAAAACGAAGCUAAAAACAAAAACCAAUCAAUUGAGACAAUUUAAGGCAUAUUGACAUAAAGUUAUACAUUGAUAUAAAAAUACAUUUAAAAAGAAAACAAUUUUUUGCUAUUUUUCGUAUUUUCUGUAUUCCCUUGACAACUCUAAGUUAUCAAAUGAACUGAACUUGAAAAAAAAAUAUUAUAUUAAAAGAAAAUCGCUUGAAUUCAA